UCUGGCGUUGUCAUGUUCGGGGAAUUCUGCAAGAUUAAGUGAAGAUGUGUAGAUCAAUGAGGAUUGUUUAACGUAUAGUUGGUUUUGAGAAGAAAUGCCAGGAAAAUGUAAGUGAAUAAUAACGUGGGUAGCUGACCGCAAUGCAGAAAACAGGCACAACAACAAGAACAACCGAGAAGAAAUAUACUAUCCGCCUCCUGAGAGACGACCAGAAUGAAAUCGAACAUGUUUGGGAAAUGGUAGUCCGGAAUAUGAGUAGGGCUAUGAUAUCCGGAGUCACACUAAAGGGGAUACGGCAACCUCUUGUGAUCGCUGCUGCAUUCACUGUUUUCGCCUUGCUUUACAGAUAUCUUGGUGAUUUUGCAAUGUCGGGAGCAAUUACCAUUGUUGUUUCAGUCUGCGUAUGUCUUGUGAACACAUACUAUGGGUUAUACUAUGGUCUUUAUAGUGAUAAAUUAUGCCCAGAAGCGGGACAGAAUAUGUUUGCAUAUUACGGGAAAGAGAGACGACGUUGUUGGGUUGCUGAAAGCGAUAGGAAAAUCAUCGCAGCGGUCGGGAUUCAGGAAAAAACGUCAACAGAUAAUUCUCCUGAUGCGGGUCAGGCGUCUGUCGCCGUGCUGCAAAGGUUAGUGGUGGAACCGGAAUACAGAAGAAUGGGCGUGGCUGACGCUUUGAUCAAAACCGCCUUGGAAUUCUGCAAAGAGCAUAACUACGAGGAGGUCAUUCUGGCCACAUCGGAGGUUCAACAUGACGUUAUGCGCUAUUAUUACAAACGUGGCUUUGUAGAGAUCCGUCAUUCUACAUUUGACGAUUUGUUUCCGCUUUUUGAAUUGAAGAUGCAUGUGUUCAGACUAGAUCUGAAAGACGGUUCAUACCAGUAGUAAUUUUAACAUCUUAAUUAUGCUUCUUAUCAAACCAACUGGAUAGUCUUUUAAAGCUUGAAGGAAUACUUACUAUAUUCUAGAUAUUAUUCCAUAUAUUUUAAACCCAAAAUGUAGCAGUGGGGGAUUACAGGAGCAGCUUAUUUCUAUUAGAAUGAAUCAGUAAGUCAUUAAGAUAUCAGUAGAUAAUUAUAAUGAUUAAUAGCUGGUUGGUGCCUACCCA